AUGUCAAAGGUUGUUGUUUGCGGCGGGGCCCGCAGCCCCAUUGGUUCGCUUGGCGGGGGGCUGGCAGAGCUCCUUGCACGGCCGCUCAUCACUCAAAUUGCGAAAGCGGCCCUGUUAAAUUCCAAGUGUGACGCCAAUUUUGUUGACUAUAUGACGCUUGGCCGCGUCAUGUCCGAUGGGCGCAGUCCAAACCUUGCCAGGAUGGUAUGCGAGGACGUCGGUGCUCCCGUCACCUCGGGAGGAACAAUGAUGCAUGAAAACUGCGCAUCAGGUGGGGCGGCCAUUCAUGACGUGGCGCGCCGUAUCCUGCUGGGGGAGAUUUCCGUGGGAAUGGCUGGCGGUGUGGAGAGCAUGUCCAAUACUCCCCGGUACCUGUACACAUGCCGCGUUAAUAACAAACUCUACGGUGAUAUUACCCUCGUAGAUGGUCUCAUGCAAGGACUCACGGACUGCAAUGUUGGCAAAAAAGGGGAGCUUAUGGGGCUCUUAACAGAACGCCUCGUAGAAAAGUACGGCGUCUCACGCGGGUUACAGGAUGAAAUUGCCUUUCGUUCUCAUGAAAAUGCCAUGAAUACCUGGGAGAAGGGCAUGUUUGACUACGUCACGCCUCUUGAGGUUCCCGACCGAAAAGGCGUUCGGACAGUGGCGCGGGAUGAGGGACCCAAGAAGCUUGACAUGGCGUAUUUCGCAAAACAGAAACCCUACUUUAAACCAGAGGGUGGAACCAUUACUGCGGCCAAUUCAAGCAGCAUGAAUGACGGGGCGGCAGUAGUCGUCUUGGCGUCGGAGGCCAAAGCAAGGGAGUUGGGCCUCCCCAUAUUGGCAGAGCUGCGCGCUUACGGCAACAUUGGGGUUCCAAAGGAACUUAUGGGCGAGGGAGCCUUUAAAAUACUUCCAAAAAUCAUGGAUCGAGCUGGCAUGAAGUUAGCUGAUGUUGACUAUUUUGAGAUGAAUGAAGCCUUUGCGGCAGUGGUUGGGGCGGGAAUGAAGGCGUACCCCGAGUUAAAUGUAGAGCGGAUAAAUCUGUGGGGUAGUGGAAUCUCCCUUGGCCACCCCGUCGGCUGCACAGGAGUGCGGCAGGUGGUGGAUAUGGUCUACCAACUGCGUAAACGUGGCAAAAGUGUCGGUGUCACCUCCCGUUGUGUUGGUGGAGGAAUGGGCAGUGGUGAGGUGCUUGUGCUGCGUUCGUAG